AUGUCAAAAUACAAACUUUACAAGAUUAUGCAAAGUCCACAUGAAGUGAUUGUCACACUGAUAUUGAAACUACAGCACCAAGGGCUACUUAAUGAUUCCUAUUAUCCACAAGUGAUGGCUGGAACCGUACCCAUACCUAGGGAAGUAGCAAGUGUGUUGUUUAUAAUGGAUCAGAUUAGAUGUAGUUAUGACGUGGCUCUUGCUUCUAAGAGGAAAAUGGCGGAACUGAUCAAGAUGAUUGCUGUCCUUAUGAUACUUCUGACAAGAUUGGAUCCCAUUAAAGGAGGAUCGCGCUUUUACCAGCAGGUGGCGCCGUCGUUCCACCCCGAGCUCAUGGACGCUUUUGUGACGUCGGUGAACUUGUCAAAUGUGAUGUACAGUUUUGCGUGUGCUCAGCAGUGCAACUGGAACUCCUGCUGUCGUCUCGCGUGUCAGGCAGGUCCUAUGUGCGAAAUGUACGAGACCAAAGUGGCCGGGCACUGGGCUGGCACGGACGACCCCUCCGCCGUGACCUUUGACACCUGCAUCACAAAAUGGGUCACGAAUCCCCGUUCAUCUCCUCCCGUCAUGACCUCCGCCUCGUCUACCAGCCAAGGAUCCGACGCUAGGAAGGCCGUCGACGGAUUUAUCGGCAGGAACGUCUCCCUCUGCUUCUCCUCCGGCCAGGAACCGAAUCCCUGGUGGAUGGCCGACCUCGGGCGCGUGAAGCGAGUGUCCCAGGUGAGGAUUCACACGAGGCAGGAUGGCCUCGGGAGCGAGUUCCUCUCGGUGUUGGUUCGCCUCGGGAAUUCCUCGGAUCCGCUCGCUGUUUCGAAUGACACUUGCUUGCACGGCUCGUUGGAUCAGGAUUAUCCGGAGGGUUUUGCAGGGAACGCGUCUGACUCGGGGAACUCGACCGACGUGGGAAAUUCGACUGAUCCUUUGGGAAGCUCAACAGGUCUAGGAGAAACUACAGUUCCAGUGAAUUCGACAGAACCGGGAAGCACGGCAGGCCCCUCGGGAAGCACAACAAAUCCUCCAGGAACCACGACAAAUCCUCCAGGAACCACGACAAAUCCUCCAUUUAACACAACAGAUCCUCCAGGAAUUUCAACCACGCAAGGAAAUUCAUUGGGAACCUCAACAAGUCCAGGAAUCUCAACCUCAGCCAAUCAAGGAAGUACGACAGAGCAUUUGGGAACUUCAACGGAACAAGCCAUUUCAACCCAGGGGCCAACAGUAAAGAGACGCAAACGAAAUAUUGAUCCAACCCAGUCAACACCUACAGAAACCCCCCAGUCAUCCCAACCAGAAGUUGGGACCUCAACAUCCCAACCAGGAGAGUUACAACAACAUCCCAACCAGGAGUUACAACAACAUCCCAACCAGGAGUUACAACAACAUCCCAACCAGGAGUUACAACAACAUCCCAACCAGCAACAACAUCCCAACAGGAGUUACGACCUCAACCAUCCAACAUCCGAACCAGGAGUUACGACCUCAACAUCCGAACCAGAAGUCACUACCUCAACAGCCUCUCCCGAUCUAGGUCCCCAGUGUGAAACCUCGAAUGAAACCAAGGACCACGUGUUUCGUCUCAACCCAGUGAUAGGUUCCAACCCGGGAGAAGCCCCUCUGGCGGCCGAGGUGGUGUUCAGCCUCCCUCAAGCCGUGAGUGGGCGCUACUUGUCCAUCCAGAGCUUAGAGUCGGAUCCUAGCAAUGUGUUGACCAUCUGCAACGUUGAGGUGUUGGAGCAGCAGAGGGAACCGGUGAUGAGGAACUGCCUCGACGUCCGAGACAAGGUGAGCAACCGGAGCGGCGUCUACACCGUCCACCCGCACCCCUGCUGCCCCCUCGAAGUGAUCUGCGACAUGGACACCGACGGCGGAGGAUGGACGGUCAUCCAGCGUCGGCAAGACAUCCUGCCGCGACAGGACUUCUUUCGGCCGUGGCACGAGUACGUCGUCGGCUUCGGACAAAGGCCCUGCGGCGAGUUCUGGCUGGGCCUCGAGAACAUCCACGCCCUCACCGGCCAGACGCCGAACCAGCUGAGGAUCCUUCUCGAGGACUUCGACGGCGCGACGCGGUGGGCCAACUACGGCUAUUUCCACGUCGGCGAUGAGGGCGCGUCCUAUGCCCUGACCGUGGCCAACUACACAGGCGAUGCUGGCGAUUCCCUGGCUUACCAUAAUGGCCAGAAAUUCUCGACGAAGGAUCGGGAUUCGGAUGAGUCUUCCACUAACUGCGCAGAGAGAUUCCGCGGCGCUUGGUGGUACAAAAGCUGUAUCCAUUCCUGUCUGAACGGCGAGUACCUGGGUGGCUCUCACAACUCCAUCCAUGAAGGUAUCUACUGGAGGGCGUGGCGCGGCUAUUACUACUCCCUGAAGGCUGCUACCAUGAUGAUUAGACCAGCUGCUUGACAGGCGUUGUGACUGUGUGGUUGUAGACCUUGAUCACACUUUUCCCACUGGCACUGACUGAUUAUUAUGUCCACCCUAGAUAGAUUGAGAGUAUCGCAUCUGAUAUAUUUAACAAUAGACGAGUCUUUUGGCAUCACUUGUAUGCAUAAUAUCCUUAGUUUUCUUUUUGUCUCUGUUUUGUGUUUUUGAUGUAGUUGUUUGAGAACCACUGACCAUCCCUAUAAAAAAUGGAGACCAACUGUGGAUCACCCCCAUUUUGAGUAAUGUUAAGAAAGGAUAUGCAAAGAUAUUUCGGGUUUGACAUGUACUUACGGACAUAUGGAAAUUAUGUGACAUAACGGCCAUGUCAGAUUUGAAUCUGAAAUGUAUCGAACAUUUCCAGUAAUCCAUUAUGGGAUUAUGCAAGCGUAUGUAAUAGGCACUUUUUUUAAAGAGUUGAAUUAUUCAUUUUUAUUAGAAUGUUUGUCUAUGCAGGCAGGUUACAGGAUAUAGAAUUAGCACAUUAUUCAUGAUUGUUCACUAUUCAUGUCUUAUCUCAGCCUUUUGAAAAGAAUGUCAUCGAAAUAAAGGAAAAGGUGUAUUAAGAAGAAAGAGGAAAUUAGUGUUUUUGAGAUUACCUGAUCAAGAAUGUCAACUGUAUGUCCAGGCACUUUGACGUCACAGAGAAGUACUUUAUUCACUUAAGAGAAAUUAUAAUCUGUUUUCGAAUAUAUACCCAAUUAUGAAAUGUGUUUCGCGUCAGUA